AUGGAAGACCCAGAUGGUGCUGAAGCUGCCUCAGGAUGGCAGUGUGCUGAGUUUGGGUGGUCAAAAUCUGCUCGGGGAGACCCCUACAUAGCAUUGGGAUGCAUGUUGGCUCAACUUGAUGAUUCAGGAAAAGAGCGAGCUAUUUACUAUUUGAGUAAGAGGAUGCUAGAUGAUAAGACGAGAUAUGUCAUGAUUGAGUGUUUUUGUUUGACAUUGGUUUGGGCUACUCGAAGACUGAGACACUAUAUGACUGAGUAUUCAGUGCCCUUGAUAUCCCGUCUAGAUCCCUUGAGAUAUUUGUUUGACAGACCUACUUUGGUUGGUCGACUCAUGAGAUGGUUGGUACUUUUGACUGAGUUUGACAUUCAUUAUGUCACUAAGAAGUCUAUCAUAGGGAGCAUUGUUGCGGAUCACUUUGCCUCAUUACCAGUUUUCGAUGGUAGGGCGAUUGAUGAUGAUUUCCCAGAUGAGGAUGUUGCUGGUGUGACUAGUCUAUCAGGUUGGCGCAUGUACUUUGAUGGUGCAACCAACCAUUUUGGAUAUGGGAUAGGUGUCUUGUUGAUAUCCCCUCAUGGUGACCACAUUCCUAGAUCUGUUCGUUUGGCAUUCUCGUAUCGACAUCCCGCCACGAACAAUAUUGUUGAGUAUGAGGCUUGCAUAUUGGGAUUAGAGACAACUCUUGAGCUCGGAAUCAGAUAG